AUGUGCACGGUCAAUUCCAAUUUUGGGCCCACAGACCCAGCGACCACCUUUCUUGUCUUCGCAUUUGGUGAAUUAUCGUUGAGCAUGAUGCCCUUCUCUGACGACAAUGGACAAAAGCUCAAGAAGCAUUCAUCGGAGUCGCAAGGCGGUGCGCUGAAGACCUAUUCGAACAAAUCUAUAGCCACGGCUCCAAGACAAUCCCCCUACAGCAUUUGA